AACGUCCGCUCCACAACGCCCAACGCGACACACCUCCCAGUUCACCGACCAACAUGGAAGCCCUCGAACAGACCCUCCGCUCCGUGCUCCAACCCAUCACGCACAACCUCCCCACCCCACUCACCAAUGCCGCAACCCAACUCCUCGGCGACAGCUGCUACCGCUCCCUCGUCCACAACGUCACCAUCUCCGACACGGUCUGCCUCAAACUCGCCAUUUCCAAAGCCCUCGGAAUCGCCAUCAUUGGCGCCUCAUCCAUCGUCAAGAUCCCGCAACUCCUCAAACUCCUCAACUCCCAAUCCGCCGAGGGAAUCAGCUUCCUCUCCUACCUCCUCGAAACUGCCAGCUACCUGGUCACGCUGGUCUACAAUGUGCGCAAUCAGUUCCCGUUCAGCACGUAUGGCGAGACAGCGUUAAUCGCCGUGCAAAACGUGGCGAUCGCCGUACUGGUAUUGCAGUAUUCGGGCAGGGGAGCGGCGGCGGCGGUGUUUGUGGCUGGACUGGCGGCUGCGGGAUACGCGUUGUAUAACGAGGGGAUUGUGGAUAUGGGCAUGCUGAAGUAUAUCCAGGCCGGCGCGGGUCUGUUGGGUGUUGCGAGCAAGUUGCCGCAGAUUGUGGCAAUUGCACAGCAGGGUGGUACUGGACAGCUUUCUGCCUUUGCCGUUUUCAACUAUCUCGCUGGCUCGCUGGCACGCAUCUUCACCACGCUGCAAGAAGUGGACGACAAGCUCAUUCUAUACGGCUUCUUGGUCGGUUUCGCGCUCAACGCCGUGCUUGCUGUACAGAUGAUAUACUACUGGAACAGCUCCAGCAGCAAAGACACCACCUCCACAAAGCUGAAGCCGAGCGGAAAGAGAGCGAUCGCACAUGCAUCUGGCGUAGAGAAGGCAAAGAAGUCGCCCUCGACCAGACGUCGUGGAUAA